AUGGUAGCUGAAAAGAAAAAGGUGUUAAGUAUUUUCUUUCUCAUUGUUGAUCACUCUCCAUGUGCUGACACAUUUCAAAACCAGGUUUGCAAAGAUUACUUUGAUUUCUUGAUCAAGUCAGGCGCCAACCCAGUUUAUGUGUCCAUCUUCCAACUGAGAAACUACACUAUGAUGGGCGAUGUCUUCGAAGUAAAAGUUAUGGCUGGGGAUCAUUUGGUUAACGAGCUGCAUUUCAGCAUACCUCAAUGGUGGUCCCGAAAAACAAUUUGCUUCAUGGAGACCAUUGAGAAACAAGUAGACUUUCAUGCUACCUCUCGUGACUUGUUUCCUGGAGAAAGCCGUACUCGUAUUAGAUUCAUAAACACGUCAGCCACCGCCCACGGCUUUGUGACACUACACCUUCCAGCCAACAUGUACAGCAAAAAGUUCCAAGACCACUUACUGGCAAACAAUCUUGCUGCACUUGGAAUGACACCUUCUUUGUUACCCAAGCUGGAAUACAUGCUGUCAAUUUUCCCUGCGGACAAUAGCAAAAUCAAUCUUCAUCCCUUGGGCGGUGUGGUCGACGAUCAUUAUUCGAGUGACAAUGAGAUAUCUCAUUGUGAUCUUUCCAAAACCAAUCCUGAUGUAGCUCUGGCCUCCUCACUGGCUGCUGAUCAACACAAGCUUGGAGAAGUCAGAAAUCCCGUCCAGACUGAGGUCGCGACUUUAAAGGCUGAGAUGCAGAAAUCAAUUUCUGCCUUUGCAGAUUUCCAAAAAGAAAUACUAGAGGUUAUGCCUAAGCGCUUGGAAGAUUUGAAGAAAGCACAAGAUGCUAUCAAUAACAUCAACACUAAACUUGUUUCAAUUGAAGAUAUGAUAGCUGGUGGAAAAGUUGCAAAGUGGUCAGCUGACGUGGCCCAAGAUUCCAAUUCACUCCCAGCUGCCUCAGAUAUCUUUGGCUAA